UUCUUCUCUCUCUAUCUCUCUCCUCGUUCCACGUGCAUUACCUUUUCUGCCAUAACUCUCUCUCACUCACUCUCUCUCUCUCUGUGUCUGAGUUUGAUGCUUCAGCUGUGAGGUCAAGGGAGUCCAAACUACAAAGCUCUGAGAUCUUAUGGAGCUCUUGAAAUUGAAAAUGGUAACCUUCAGCUGUGAGGUCAUACUAUUUAGGCUUUUCAGCUAAAAAAAGGCACCAGUAGCUACUUGCUCUCUCUCCAGUAGUUCAUAUUCUCUUCAACAAACCUAUCUGCCUAUUCAUCAUGAUGAACAACCUUAAGUUAGGGGUAGAUGUAGUAAGUGCCCACAAUCUCUUGCCUAAAGAUGGGCUAGGUUCAUCCAGUGCAUUUGUGGAGCUCUACUUUGAUGGUCAAAAGUUCCGUACCACCAUCAAAGAAAAGGAUCUCAACCCUGUUUGGAAUGAGAGCUUUUACUUCAACAUAUCUGAUCCCUCCAACCUCCACUAUCUCACUCUUGAUGCCUAUAUCUACAAUAAUGUCAAAGCUACCAACUCCAGGUCCUUCCUUGGGAAGAUUAGCCUAACUGGGACGUCUUUUGUUCCUUACUCUGAUGCUGUUGUCUUGCACUACCCUUUGGAAAAGCGAGGCCUCUUCUCACGAGUAAGAGGAGAGCUAGGCUUAAAAGUUUAUAUUACUGAUGACCCAACCAUAAAGUCUUCUAUUCCGAUCCCUGCUACUGAAUCCUUGCCAAGUAAGGAACAAAGCGUAACUAAUGCACAAGCCCAAACAGUUCCAAAUGCAGCCACAAACACUCACAAAGUUGAGUCAAGACACACCUUCCACCAUCUUCCUAACUCAACUCACCACCAUCAUCAUCAAUCUUCUGCUUCUGCAGCUCCGAGUCCUAUAACUGCAGCUGUUCCCCAGCAUGGAACCAAAUAUGAGUUUGAUGAAAUGAAAGUGGAAUCACAGCCUCCAAAGGUAGUUCGUAUGUACUCUGCAUCAUCAUCACAACCUGCUGAGUAUGCACUAAAAGAGACAAGCCCUUUCCUUGGUGGUGGAAGAGUUGUUGGGGGCCGUGUCAUUCAUGGAGACAAGACUGCAAGUACUUAUGAUCUUGUGGAAAAGAUGCAUUUUCUCUAUGUAAGGGUUGUUAAGGCCCGUGAUCUUCCUGCUAUGGAUGUUACCGGAAGUCUUGAUCCAUUUGUUGAGGUGAAAAUUGGAAAUUAUAAAGGGAUUACAAAACAUUUUGAGAAGCAGCAAAAUCCAGUGUGGAAUCAGGUGUUUGCCUUUUCGAAGGACCGGAUGCAAGCAUCUGUUCUGGAAGUUGUGAUUAAGGACAAGGAUCUUAUCAAAGAUGAUUUUGUGGGCAUCGUAAGGUUUGACAUCAAUGAAGUUCCAUUGCGAGUACCUCCGGAUAGCCCUUUGGCUCCAGAAUGGUACAGGCUUGGGGAUAAAAAGGGUGAGAAGAUUAAGGGUGAGCUGAUGCUUGCAGUUUGGAUUGGCACCCAAGCAGAUGAGGCCUUUUCUGAUGCAUGGCAUUCUGAUGCAGCUAUGCCUGUUGAUAGCACAUCAGCUAUCUCUGGAGUGAUACGUUCUAAAGUCUAUCAUGCACCACGGUUGUGGUACGUGCGCGUUAAUGUUAUUGAGGCGCAAGACUUAGUUCCAACAGAGAAGAAUCGUUUCCCAGAUGUGUAUGUUAAGGCACAGAUAGGUAAUCAGGUUUUGAAGACCAAAAAUGUUCAGGCUCGGACCCUAUGUUCUCUUUGGAAUGAGGAUCUUUUGUUUGUUGCUGCUGAACCCUUUGAGGAUCAUCUGGUCAUAUCAGUUGAGGAUCGUGUAGGUCCUGGAAAAGAUGAAAUCAUUGGAAGGGUCAUCAUACCCUUGAGCUCUGUAGAUAAGCGUGCUGAUGACCGUAUGAUCCAUUCCCGUUGGUUCAACCUAGAAAAGCCAAUUGCUGUGGAUGUAGAUCAGUUAAAAAAAGAAAAGUUCUAUAGCCGACUCCAUCUCCGAGUCAGUCUAGAUGGAGGAUACCAUGUUCUUGACGAGUCCACUCAUUACAGCAGCGAUCUCCGCCCCACAGCGAAGCAGCUGUGGAAGCCACCAAUUGGAGUUUUAGAGCUUGGAAUAUUGAAUGCUGUAGGGCUUCAUCCCAUGAAGACGCGAGAUGGAAGAGGCACAUCUGAUACAUACUGUGUAGCAAAGUAUGGUCAUAAAUGGGUCAGGACACGCACCAUUGUUGACAACCUGUCUCCAAAAUACAAUGAACAGUACACUUGGGAGGUGUUUGAUCCAGCUACAGUUAUCACCAUAGGUGUAUUUGACAACAGCCAGCUUGGUGAAAAGGGUUCAAAUGGUAACAAGGACCUGAAGAUUGGGAAGGUUCGUGUUCGUAUCUCCACACUUGAAACAGGCCGUAUUUAUACACACUUUUAUCCAUUGCUGGUUCUUCAUCCUACUGGUGUUAAGAAGAUGGGGGAACUACAUUUGGCAAUACGGUUUACAUGCACCUCAUUUGUGAACAUGCUUUACCAAUACUCACGACCUCUACUGCCAAAAAUGCACUAUGUAAGGCCUUUUGGCAUUAUGCAGGUUGACAUGCUCCGUCACCAAGCUGUCCACAUAGUAGCAGCACGGUUAGGUCGAGCAGAGCCUCCACUUAGAAAGGAAGUUGUGGAAUACAUGUCUGAUAUAGACUCACACCUUUGGAGCAUGAGGAGAAGCAAGGCUCAUUUCUUCCGGCUAAUGACAGUUUUCUCAGGACUGUUUGCUGUUGGGAAAUGGUUUGGGGAUAUCUGCUUGUGGAGGAAUCCUAUUACAACGGUCCUAGUUCAUGUGCUCUUUCUUAUGCUUGUUUGUUUCCCAGAACUGAUACUGCCAACAGCUUUCCUCUACAUGUUUCUAAUAGGGGUGUGGAACUUCCGGUACAGGCCACGGUAUCCUCCCCACAUGAACACAAAGCUCUCACAAGCUGAGGCUGUGCUCUCCGAUGAGCUAGAUGAGGAAUUUGACUCAUUCCCUACAAGCCGGAGCCCAGAUGUGGUGAGAAUGAGGUAUGAUCGGCUGAGGAGUGUAGCUGGUAGAAUUCAGACUGUGGUUGGUGAUGUUGCAACUCAAGGAGAGCGACUUCAGAAUCUAUUGAGUUGGCGAGAUCCUCGUGCUACAGCCAUCUUCAUUACAUUCUGCCUUGUAGCUGCACUAGUUUUGUAUGUGACACCAUUCCAGGCUGUGGCAGCUUUGGCAGGGUUUUACGUGAUGAGACAUCCAAGAUUUCGCCACAAGUCUCCAUCAGUGCCUAUCAACUUCUUCCGCAGGCUGCCUACUAGAACGGAUAGUAUGCUGUAAAUUGGUGAUUGGUAUGUCUUCCGGCCUGGGUGCCAUGCUCAUGUAACCUCAUCACUCAUGUUGCAAAUCCUCCUUGUUCUGCAUGUUUUUUUUCUUGCUAUGUCUUAAAUUAAAAGUUGUAAUUGACCAGAUACUGAGGGACAAUGAAUAAUUUGUAUCUUCCCAUUCUGCCUAAAAUAAAGUAGCUUAUUAAAGGGUUAACCAAGAAAAAAAUAACAACAAUGGACAAUUACAUA